GCGAUCUUUGGAACACACUCAUCCUCCGCUAGGUCUUCUGCUUUGACAGGUCCAUAUAAUUCGAGUCUGCUUUCGUGACAUUCGUAGACUAGCUCAACGCUUGCGGAGCCUUGUCCGUAGCUAGUCAUGUCCAUCGACCCUUACCACGAAGUUCAAUCCGAGAUCCAAAGCUCACUACAGACCGCUGGUCAGCUACGCGCUUCGUUUAUUCGUAUAAGAAGUACUGCGCGUGAGGGUAGCGAGGAGCUUGAGUGGGCCAGGAAUGAGUUGAAAGCGACCCUCGCGGCGCUCGAGGCGGAUCUAGAGGACUUGGAGGAGAGCGUGAAGAUAGUCGAGAGUACCGGCGCACGAAUGUUUGGUCUCGACGACACAGAAGUCAUGGAGAGGAGACGAUACGUCGGUCACGUACGGCGCGAGAUCGAGAGCAUGCGCGCUGAGGUCGACGGAGGUCUCUCGAGCAAGAGGAGUAGUACACACGGCCAAGGUCUCUCAUCACCCAGCCCACAAUCAUAUCCGAAUACACAUCCUCUUUCUCCAGCAACACCGGGUUCACAGUCACGUUCUCCUGCGACACCGGGGUACGAUCUGCCUUCGUCACCUGCGCCUCAGGACGGAGAGGAUGACGACCAUCAGGCGCAAUGGGCUAGGGAGGAACAGCAGAUGAUGAUUCGGGAGCAGGACCAGACGUUGAGUAUGAUUGGGGGUACGCUUACGACGCUGGCGCAACAGGCGGGACUUAUGGGGACUGAGAUUGGUGAACAUAACGAGAUGCUCGAUGACCUGGAACGAGGCGUGGACCGUUCAGAUAGUAGGCUGCAGGAUGCGAUGAAGAAGAUGAGGAAGUUCGUUCGGGAUACGGAAGAGAAGAAAUCGGGAUGGUGUAUUGGAAUCCUGGUAGUCAUACUACUGAUCCUCCUCAUGCUCGUCAUUUUACUAUGAUAUCGUUGAGUAUAGAGUGGAGGACUUCUGUAGGACCAGGUGAGAUGCAGGCAGUCGGACUAUGAGACCUUGAGGCAGGAUGUACAUAUUUUAUUGUUUUUAUUUCCACCUUCUACCCUACUAUCACGUCUACAACGAUACGAUACCGCGUCAU